AUGUUUUGCUGCACUGGACGAGCUGACCACGUGCAGACUCCUUAUGAGCAAAAAGAAGGAUGUUCCUGUCUCUGUGGUGUCGUCCGCGUUAUGAUCCUCGGCGAACCGUUGAAGACCACGCUCUGCCACUGCCAAGACUGCCGAAAGUGGACAGGAAGCGUUGGGCAGAUGGCAGUCUGGUACCAUAGAGAGGAUGUGCUUUGCAGUGGGGAGCUUGCAGAGUUCGGUACGUCAUCCAGGGUCCGGAAGAGCUGCGCCGAGUGCCAUUCGCACAUACUCACCAGCCUCCCGCGAGCCGGUCUGAUCGAGGUCUGCGUUGGGUCUGCAAGUCAGCUGUCUCUGAAUGCCCACUUCUUUUAUGUGACGCCGAUGAUCGACUUCGGUGAUGAUGUGCCGAAGUUCGUGGACUUUCCGGCUUCUCUCGGUGGGUCUGGCGUCCAGGCUUCGUCUUGGGACCUGCAUCGCGAUGUGACGCAGGCUUUCCACGGGAGUUGUCUCUGUGGUUCCGUCUUCGUGUCAAUCUCUGGAGAGCCCAAGACGACAGCCUUCUGCCACUGCCUGGUUUGUCGGUCUUGGACUGGCAGCAGCGGCCACUUUGCCGUGGUCUUCGAUGAAGACUUGGUCCAGAUUUCUGGUGAACUGAUCUCAACUCGCCAUGGCCACAGAAACUGCGCCAGGUGCUUGGCGUGUAUAACUUCAAGGCACUCUGCAGCGGCGCCGGGCUUUCUGGAAGUUUGCGGUGGCAUACUGCAUUCGCCGCCUCGCGUGCAAGCUCACUGGAACUAUGGACAGCGUAUACUGUCCGUGAAGGAUGGCCUGGCCAAGUUCAAGGAUUUACCCACGGAGCUCGGAGGUUCGGGUGAUGUACUCGGACAGGAAAUGGCUGCUCCUUAUGCUGUCACCCUCGAGCGGAAAGGUGAGGGACACGAGGAUCUGGGCCUUGAGCUUUCCUUUGCAGGGCGGAAGUGCCGUGUGCUGAAAGUCCGUCGACACAGCCUCAUUCACGAUUGGAACCAGAGCUGCGCAUGUGAUUCUGUGGUCGGCAUCUACGACAGACUGAUAUCCAUCAAUGGUAGAACACCUACCACUCCUGAGGAAGGAGAAGCUCUUGGCCGUGAGACUGGCAAACUAGUGCUGAUCUUUGCCAAGUUCCAAUACUUUGAGUAA